ACCCAUAUUGACCUUCAGUCCAAGAUUGCGACCUGCAUCACUUCAAUGCUAUUCUGUCUUUCAGAUAUCUUAUGAUGCAGGAUGAGAUGAACAGGUGCAUGUUCGCAAGUCCAGUUGAUCGCAGUGACGAUGACUCACCUCCUGUGUGCCUUGUUGAACUCGUUAAUUCUAAAACAAAAACUUCUGAUACUCAUGCUCUUAUGGAACCGCAUGAUGAUCAGUCUAUAAAAAGCCCUCAUGAGGUUCUGAAUGACUCUGGUACACCUAAAAAAGUCUGCCAGGAUGAAACUGUUUCUUUGUUAUCUGGAGUUCCUAUUCUAAAGUCUGAAGCACCAGUAUCGAUUGUGAAUACUGAAGAAAACAAAAAUAAUGGUUUGCCAGACUCCACUUCAGUUGAAAAUAAUCCAGCAGAAUCGAUUCAUCCUGAUACUCAUUCAUCAGAAGUAAAAGAACCAAACGCGACUCUUUCUUGUGAGAAUACUGUUCAGUGUGGCGGUGGAUUUCCAGUGAGUGAGAAAUAUUUACAUUCCAACACGAAAAAGUCUCCGUUUUAUCAGAAGGUGGAGGAUGAUGACGACCUAGAUUUUGAAGAUCGACCGUUAACCGUAGUCACACAAGAAGCUGAUGAUGUGUUACCUGCUGAAUCUGUAAAUAGUGUGACUCUCAGCACAAAUAAUGUCGCGCGGAUUAUCCCGAACAACGUGACCGAAAAUACACAGACUUCAAUUACCGGUACAACAGAAAAUCAAGCAUCAGUUACUAUAACCAGUACCACAUCAUUACCUAACAUAACACCUCCCUCCACCUCUUCCCCUUCAACGUCGUGUCUGUCUACAAAUCCACCCCCAAACGUUCACUUGGUAAUUACUUCUAGCAAGAAUUACUCUUCAGAUGGACAUAACACAUGUGCCCCAGUUGCCUUAGCGACUGUAGCUCCUAUAAGAAUGUCAUCUGUAGGACCUGAAUAUAGCGUCUCAUAUGAGUCAUUGAGACCAAUUAAACCUGCCCUACAAGACGUGAUGACAAGCGCAGUCAUAUCUAUACGUCCAACUCCUCAAACUCUUGCACCAGCAUUUUCGUCUUCUGUUGUUACCAAACAUGAAGUUACUGCUCCAUCAUCGGUAUCGUACAAUUCGAAACCUUCUUCUAGUCAUAUUAAUACAAACGAACCAGCUAGUAUUACAAAAUCUGUCUCUGUUUGUUCAACUUCUAUACCGAUUUCUGUUGUUCCUGUUAAUGUUUCAUUGCCGGCGAAUACACUUCAUAUGUCAAGCAUAUUCAGCGUGAGAACUCGACCAGCAGUUGCUCAAUCUGUCCUACCACUAAUAUCUGUUGGUCCUCAACCAAAUCCAGCACUCACACCACAAACUUCACUUCCAUCUUUACCAUCUCAACCUGCUGUACAUUUUAUGCCUUUCAUCGGAAAUAUGUCUGGAACAAUACCAGUUUCAGCAAACAAUACUGGCUUAAGAAAUAUUGUAAAUCCUAGUCCUGCAAUACCGAUGGCUGGUCCACCGUCUGCACCAUGUCCUCCACUUCAAAUUUUCAACAUGACACCUAUGCCACAGUUUGUAGGUGCACCUAGCUUCGUAUUGCAUCCAACCGGCCCACUUCCUGGCCCAAACAAUUUUCAAUUUCCUCCAGGUCCCACACAUCUGUUACCUCCUGGAUUAUCUGGAGGUACUGGAGUUGGCGGUAAUGGUGGUACAACAUAUAACUUUCUUCAACCACCACAAAAUUAUGCUCCAGCAAUUUUCCCACAAAAUCCAAAUAUUUCUGAUUUACUUAUUGAUUCACAGAAUUCAAUGGCUCUAGGACAUUCUAUUCUAGCACCGCCUGCAUCGAUUGCUGUUAUUGGUGCUAUAAACAGUGCUAAUUCAUCGUCACUCACAUCUCUUUAUCCAAAUGUUUUUCAUCCACAAAAUCAGAAUUUUUUCUCAACAUCAUGUGCACAUUCUGGUCCGGUGUCUUAUCCAUAUUCAACUGCACUAGCCAAUACUACAAAUUUAGUCAAUGCAACUACACCACAGAUGACUACUUCUUUAGUAUCUGGUGGAGUCAGUAAUUUAUCAAAUGAGACAACACAUUUCAUGUUUCAGUCUGAUCUGUCAUCUGGUAAUCCGUUUGUCUCAAAUAAUUUCAAUCCAAACACAGGACAGUUGUAUCAGUCUUGUCAGUUUCCUACAUUUCAUAAUCCAUUUCAAGCUAAUGAUAAUUGUUCAAUUAAUAAUUUUGUCUCAUCCGCCUUACCAACUGAUUUAACUUCAACCUGUGAUAGUAAAUCAUCUUUAAGUGGAACAUGCAUGCCAACUUAUUGGCCGCUGGUCAAUACCUCUGGUACUGGCGGUGAUAUGACGACGACAACGACGACGACAGCAACAACAACAACAGCAACGCCGUCAGCAAAUGUUCAGGUUUCACACUCAGAUAAUCCAACAAACUUUAUAUCAUCAAUGAAUGAUUUUGGAAUGAAAAGUCGAGCACAAGAUACAAAUGCUGAUAAUAAGAGUAAUAAUAAUCAUAAUAAUAAUGGAUUAAAUAAUCUUGAAAAUAUCACAACGUCCAGUACAGUCAAUACAAACCUAUUGUGUUCAUCAUUUAAUGGAAUUUCAGUGUCAAAUGUUAUGGCAUCAAAUAAUCUUCGUUUAAAAAGUGAUGGUGCUACAACGAAUUCUUUUGCUUACGUUAAUAAUAAUAACAACAAUAAUAAUAGUAAUGAUAAUAGUAUAAAGAAUGACAGUGGAAAUAUUAACACUAGUAAUAUUGGUAUUAAUGGUUCUUCUUUAAUGCCAUCGAAUUCAACAGCAAUUGUUUUACCAGCUAUUCGUCGUCGACGUCGUUUAUUUGCUCAGAGUGGUAUAAAACCAAUUACAAAUGUUAUUCAAACUCCUAUGCUAAAUCAUGCCAAUCUAAUGAUGAAUGAGGAUAAUUCUGUUCUCAUGAAUAAUACAAAUGUUAACAAUAUGUGCAAUGUUGUAACUACAGAAUCAAACAUUAUACAUAAUACAUUCACUCAUAGUGAUAAUAGUAACAGAAGUGUUAAUGACACUAUGAAUACUGAAAAUAUGAACAAUAAUACACAAAUAGGGCAAGAAAAUCAGGUAGGUGGCAGAGAAGAAUUGAAACAGCCUAAUACACUGCAAUGUGCUUAUCCACAGUUAUCUACUGUUAGCAGUUCUGAUGUUACUUUUAACAAUAAACCUUUAAAACAAUUUGUUGAAGAUACACGACUAUUCAAAAGUUUGCCUACUGAAACAAGAGGACAUGAUCACAAGUUGUUGGGGGAUUCAUUUACUGAAAUGCAAGAAAAUGAUUCAAUGGAGUUGGAUAUCACGAUGAAAACUUCUUAUGCAUCCUCCCCAUCAUCAACCCUGUCGUCAUCCUCAUCAUGUGCAUCUUUUGUAAACACUUGCAGAACAACACAAAUAAUAACGGCAACAGAUAACUGUGUAUCAAAAGCUAACAGUAACAGUGGAAAUACUUGCGUGCUGCCGAAGUUAACAUCACCUCAAAUCCCAGAUUCCCAGAGUUCUUUAAAUGCUGCUAACUAUCAAGGUAAUAACGAUAGCAGUUUACCAUGUUCAACUUCACUACCUUAUUCCUCUGACAAUAAAUUAUCAUGUAAAAACGAUGAUUUUAUACUCAAUGAAAAUACGAAAUUGUUAGCAGCAGAAAAACAGUAUGAUAAUGUUGAUGAUGGGGAUGACGAUGAAAAAAGCGAAAAAUGUCAAACAAUUAUUCCUGGUCAACAUGAUUAUCAGAAAGCAGUAGUAGAUUCAAAAUCUGAUGAAUCAUUUUUCAAUGUACACCAAACAUCAGUUCAAUUGUCAAGUACAACUAUUACUACCAAUACAGCGAUAACAACAACAACACCAUCAACGACUAAUACUACUACUACUACUACUACUUCGACUGUUAGUAGUAGUACUUCAUGUCCUAAAUUAAAGUCAACAACACCUUUCCAAUUUCCACCUCCACCUGUAUUAAUUGGUUUAGAUGACAGGCGUAUAUUAACUCAUUAUAUUGAUGGUCAUGUUAUCUAUGAAAGUGAUAAACCAUUCCCUGUAAAAAAUGGUAUGGCAGUAGUUGAAGAAGCUCUUUUGAAACGGUAUUCAGGUGACACAACAACACCGCCUAAAACCAUCAUGGUAAACGGCUAUGGUGAUGAAAAUGACGAGAAUAUGACAAGUAUCAAAUCCAUUUCACAGUGUUCUCCUGUGUUAUCAAACAAUAAUAAUAAUAAUCUAGUUAAAGCAAAAGAUGCAUUUAAAUCUGACACAUUGAUCACGUCUCCUACUUCUAAAACUAUUGGUGACUGGAUAAACUCACUAAAAGUAUCAGGUGCAUCCACUGUUGGCAAUAAAAUUGUGAAUUUAGAAGGACAAAGUAAUAACUCCACGAUACUGUCAAAUUAUGAAACGCAACGUCAACUGUCAUCUGAGUUAUCAAGUGAUGUUCAUGAUGAAAAUGAUUCAUCCGCUAAUAUUUAUCGGUCAUCAAAAGGAAUUUUAGCAUCUUGUCCUCAUUCAACAAUACUGUCCUUAGCUAGUCGACAUUCAGCUAGUGUUGUCUACUCCCAGCUACCUGUUGUUUCAAUUCCUGAUCGUCAAUCUUCAAAUCUACGAGGAAAUGAUCAAAGUGUUGACUGUAAAACAAAUCAUUUGACAGGAAAUCCUUCAGAUCACUCUUCAGUUAUUGGUCAACAGCACCAAUGUCAUGAAACUUUAAUGCAACCGUUGAGUAAACCAUUGAAUGAAAUCCAAUCCAGUAGUACUGGGACUACAGCGGGCUCAACAGGCAAUGUGUUCAAUCAGUCCGUAUCACCAUCACAACAGCAACAACAACGCUCUCAGACAACAACAAUGUUCAAUAUCUCACAACAACCAACAUCUAGUCUGUUGACGCCUACUCCACCGCCUAAAGGUCCAGUAUAUAAAUGGACACCAGAUGAUGUUGUUGCCUUUGUCCGUGGUACUCCCGGAUGCAGUGCAUAUGCAUCAGCAUUUUUAAACAAUGAAAUUGACGGUGAAGCAUUAUUAUUACUAGCCGAGGAUCAGUUUAUUCAACCACCAAUCGGUAUGAAAAUUGGACCAGCAUUGAAGCUGGUUGCAAGACUAGAAUCAUUAAGACAUUGUUGUUGAUAUAUAAUAAUGAUGUUUCUGAUGACAAUGGCAGUCAUUACUUAUUACAUUAUCAGUAGUAUAUAUAUACAAAUACAGAUUAACUUAUCAAAUGCAUAUUGUUUAUUGUUUUUACUCGUCAGAGAAUGUUUACUUGUAAUCAUAAAGAUCUCAACUUUUUCGUUUAUCUUGUUUUCCGGUGAUACCGAUUACUUUGUGUUCAUUGAUAUUACUGUGACGACUAUUGUUUUAUUAUAUUACUUUUAUCACUUUUAUUAUUACUGUUAUUAUUAUUGCUUUUAUAAUUAUUAUUAUUAUUAUUACCAUGAUUAAUUUCAUAUGCAAUCUUUUAUUUCUCCAUGUUUAAUUUAUGCGUUACGUUUUUAUGCAUGAGAUCUCAAAAUACUGAGCAUUUAAUCCAUUUCAAACAAGCCAACAAUCAAUCAGUUAUCAGAAUGUUGUAAAUAAAUAAGAAAUAUGGUUACUUUUAUGGUUGGUGUUCUGUGUAUUUCUGUGUGUGUGUGUGUUGGUGUGUCUGUGUUUACACAUGAUUACAUCAUUUACAGUAACAACAGCAUAAUAAUAAUAGUAGCACUAGUGAUAGUAGCAGUAGUGAUAGUUAAUAGUAGUAACUUUCAAGACGACAACAUUUUUAGUCAGUAGUAUGAAUGGAGAGGAAUACUCAUAAAUAUCACCUCUGCUAAACUCUUUGUAUGCUGAAUAUCAUUUUCAGUCUGGUUGAUUUCUUGUUUAACUUACUACUACUGCUAUGACGUACAAAUAUUCAUAUUAACAUCAUUACUGUUUAUUAUUAUUGUUACUAAUUCAUUGUUGUUAUUGACGCAUUGAGUUAUUUACCUUAUCGAAAUUUGUUCUGUUUUUUUUAAUGAAAAUGUAUUAAUAAAUUAUUGGAGAUUGA